AUGGGAUUUGAGCUCCAAGAGUCCUAUUCUUACUUAGAGGCAUUUAGUCAUAAUCCAAAGCUUGGUAGCUUCAUGCCACUAGCUUUUCAAUCGAGUGCAAUGACCAAUUAUGUGAAUCAAUGGUUCUCUCAUGCUAGGUUAAAUUACUAUUAUGACACUGCCAUCAGAAAAGCAGACAUCGAAGGAUCAAAAAGCAAUGUCGCUAUGAACACUUGGCUACCACAAGCUAGUUAUCCUUGUGUUAACUUUUUUGACACCUCUAGCUUCAAAUUUCAAAUGAUUGAUAGGCCAUAUGUGCUACCCCAGCCAAUCUACCCACCUAACAUUGUCUUCUACCCUGAUCAAUCAAGCAAGGGCUCCCACUUGUCCUACACCUCUCAAGUCAUUCACAAAGUUGGACUAGAGUCAAGCUUAACAAGGUCUUAUUUCCCUGUUGAUUCUACCAAGCCUAUUCCAUUGGCUAUGGUUUCCCUAGAUAAGCACUGGGUAGAAAUCACAUUGCGUGAGCAUCCGUAG